CCACCACUCCCAGAAUUGCGUGAUUGCAAAACCAUCCCUAACGCGUAACUUUUUCAGACACUGCCACCUGCCAUUACAGAUAACAUUUACACAUUCAGACGGCACAAAGGGGCCUGGUAAGCACUUGCAUGGCCUAGUGCCGUCAGGUAUCACCCCAAAAAGAAUAUGUGGGGGCUAUAUCAGUACAGAGGCAUCUCAAACGGGUCAUUUAGUGUGGAGCACCUAGACACUGUGGUUGAAGGCCUCCAACGCGAGCGUGGGUGCGGAUGACGUGACUGUGCGGGAUAAUGGUGCAUAAUUUCUACCAUUUGGUUGCUCUCUCUGCCCCUCCCUUCCUCUACGUACCUUUUCCCCAAUCCAUUGACUUUGUGUAUAGCUAAAAGAGCAAUUGACAUAGCGUUAGUUGACCAAAUCUUCCAAAUAUUUUCAUACAAUAAUCUCCAGACCAGCAACAUGGCGGACGAACUCUCCAAAAACUUUGAGACGCUGCAAUUGCAUGCCGGCCAUACACCAGAUAAGGAGACUAACUCUCGUGCUGUGCCCAUCUAUGCCACCACCUCCUACACAUUCAACGACAGCGCUCACGGUGCUCGACUCUUCGGCCUCAAAGAGUUUGGCAACAUCUACAGCCGAAUUGGAAACCCAACUGUUGGUGUCCUUGAGCAGAGAAUUGCCGCGCUCGAAGGUGGUGUCGCUGCGCUUGCAACAUCAUCAGGACAAGCUGCGCAGUUUAUCGCCAUUUCUGCUCUGGCACAUGCUGGUGACAACAUUAUCGCGACAUCAAAUUUAUACGGAGGCACGUACAACCAACUCAAGGUCUUUUUUCCACGUUUGGGCAUAAAAACAAAGUUCAUCAACGGAGAUAAGCCCGACGACUUCAAGGCUGCCAUUGAUGACAAGACAAAAGCCAUCUACCUCGAAAGCAUCGGAAACCCAAAGUAUAACAUUCCUGAUUUCGAAAAGAUUGUCGCAAUUGCGCACGAGGCUGGUGUUCCGGUAGUGGUCGAUAACACCUUUGGCGCAGGUGGAUACUUUGUUAGGCCCAUUGAUCAUGGCGCUGACAUUGUUGUACACUCUGCUACAAAGUGGAUUGGAGGGCAUGGAACCACCGUCGGGGGUGUCAUUGUCGAUAGCGGAAAAUUUGAUUGGGGCAAGCACAGCAAGCGCUUUCCGCAAAUGAUAGAGCCGUCAGAAGGCUACCAUGGGCUCAAAUUCUGGGAAACUUUUGGUCCAAUCACCUUCAUCAUUAGAGCGCGUGUUGAAAUCCAAAGAGAUCUGGGAGCAGCACUAAACCCAUUUGCUGCGCAACAGCUUCUCCUUGGUGUCGAGACGCUUUCUCUCAGAGCUGAGCGACAUGCCUACAACGCGCUCAAGCUAGCCAAAUGGCUGGAGAGCAACGAGAAUGUAAGCUGGGUCUCAUACCCAGGUCUCGAGAGCCACCCAUCUCACGAACUGGCGAAGAAAUACCUGCCGCGUGGUUACGGAGGUGUCCUGUCGUUUGGUGUGACAGGAGGUGGCAAAGCAGGAUCCCAAGUUGUGGAUAACUUCAAGCUCAUUUCCAACUUGGCGAACGUAGGCGAUUCAAAGACAUUGGCUAUCCAUCCUUGGACUACAACACACGAGCAAUUGAGCGACGAGGAGAAGCUGAGUUCCGGUGUUACCGAGGAUCUCAUCCGAAUUUCGGUUGGAACCGAACACAUUGACGACAUCAUUGCGGAUUUCGAGCAGUCGUUCAAGAAAUCGGCGACGAAGCCUGAGGAAAAAGGUAAUCCGGACAAUGCAGGCAAGACUGGUGAAGGCGAAACUCCUGCGUCGUUGUCUGGUGCGACAUAGAGUAGUCAGGACAGCUAAGGAUAGGCAUCCAGAAACGCCGAUUGUCAAGGCACAGCAGAUAUAUAAGCAGCAAGACCAAUUAAUACUUAACAAAGAAAAGGCUGCGAGCCCUUGCCCUA